GCGGUCGCCUCGGUCGUGAUGUGACAAGAUGGCGCUGCCCGGUGAGGCGGUGGUGACGGGCGCCGUGUGCCGGGCUCUCUGUGCUUUACCUGUGCACCGGACGAGGUAACGCAUCUCAUUUUCCGUAUUGGAGGAGCAAGCGACCGGCAGAGAACGGAUUACGGCGGUGACGUCAUCGCUGCGGCCACUUCUCGCGAGAAUGUGCGAUUACUGCGCCAUGUCCCGUUGCUAUGCUCCGGCCUGAGGGCGGGGGUAGGGGAGCAGUGACAAACCGAGGCCGGAGCCCGCACAUCUCCCCGGGCCGGGGCCCCAGAAACCCCGCAGCGACCGGACACCACAAGCGAGCGACACGUCUGUCUCCCGAGAGCCCAACUCAGGGGCCCCCGCCUGGACACAGCGAGCCCGUGAGCUGCCCUUCUAGAUAUCCUGUAGCUGCUGGAACCUAUAGCGCCCCUGGUCAGGGAGCCCCGCGACCACCUGCUGGAGCCAUAUAGAGUGGCCUGGACAUACAGGGGUCAUAUACAGCCCCUAUAGAGUGACCUGGACAUACAGGGGUCAUAUACAGCCCCUAUAGAGUGACCUGGACAUACAGGGGUCAUAUACAGCCCCUAUAGAGGGACCUGGGUGUACAGGGGGUCAUAUACAGCCCCUAUAGAGGGACCUGGGUGUACAGGGGGGUCAUAUACAGCCCCUAUAGAGGGACCUGGGUGUACAGGGGUCAUAUACAGCCCCUAUAGAGUGACCUGGACAUACAGGGGUCAUAUACAGCCCCUAUAGAGUGACCUGGACAUACAGGGGUCAUAUACAGCCCCUAUAGAGGGACCUGGGUGUACAGGGGGUCAUAUACAGCCCCUAUAGAGGGACCUGGGUGUACAGGGGGGUCAUAUACAGCCCCUAUAGAGGGACCUGGGUGUACAGGGGUCAUAUACGGCCCCUAUAGAGGGACCUGGGUGUACAGGGGGCCAUAUACGGCCCCUAUAGAGUGACCUGGGUGUACAGGGGACCAUAUACAGCCCCUAUAGAGUGACCUGGGUGUACAGGGGGGGUCAUAUACAGCCCCUAUAGACUCUGACCACCACCUAUAGAAUGACCUGGGUGUACAGGGGGCCAUAUACAGCCCCCAUAGAGUGACCUGGGUGUACAGGGGGCCAUAUACAGCCCCUAUAGAGUGACCUGGGUAUACAGGGGGCCAUAUACAGCCCCUAUAGAGUGACCUGUACAUACAGGGGGCCAUAUACAGCCCCCAUAGUGACCUGGAUAUACAGGGGUCAAAUACAGCCCCUAUAGAGUGACCUGGACAUACAGGGGGCCAUAUACAGCCCCUAUAGAGUGACCUAGACAUAGUUAGCCAUAUACAGCCCCUAUAGAGGACCUGGAUAUACAGGGAGCCAUAUACAGCACCUGUAGAGUGACCUGGAUAUACAGCCCCUAUAGAGUGACCUGGAUAUACAAGGGAUCGUAUACAUCCCCUAUAGAGUGACCUGGAUAUACAGGGAGCCAUAUACAUCCCCUAUAGAGUGACCUGGAUAUACAGGGAUCCAUAUACAUCCCCUAUAGAGUGACUUGGAUAUACAGGGGGCCAUAUACAGCACCCAUAGAGUGACCUGGAUAUACACGGUACCGUACACAGCACCUAUAGAGUGACCUGGAUAUACAGGGAGCCAUAUACAGCACCUAUAGCGUGACCUGGAUAUACAGGGAGCCAUAUACAGCACCUAUAGAGUGACCUGGAUAUACAGGGGGCCAUAUACAGCACCUAUAGAGUGACCUGGAUAUACAGGGGGCCAUAUACAGCACCUAUAGACUGACCACAACCUAUAGGGUGAACUGGAUAUAUGAAGACCGCAUCUUCUGCUGGAGCCUAUAGACUCUCCACGUGUCACCUAUAGAUACUCAUCUGCCACAGUCUUCGCUUGUUGCUGCCUGGAUAGAUGUAUAUGGACCUCUGCAAACAUCAACUGGAGCAUAUAGAGCAUUUCUUUAUAGAUAAACGGCUGCUGGAAUGUAAAUAGAACCGGUCGCCUAUAGAUUAAUAAGUUUUCGCCUGCUGCUGCCUGGAUAUAUUUAUCUGAAAUCAACAACUGGAGCAUAUAGAGUGCCAUCUAUAUAUACACAGCUGCUGGACUAUAGAUCCAUAGUCUUCACCUGCUGCUGCCUGGAUAUAUUGAAGACCAUCUACUGGAGCAUAUAGAGCGUCACAUACAGAGAGAUCUUUCAACUGCUGGAACAUAUAGAUCUCUGCUGCCUAUAGAUCCAUAGUCUCCACCUGCGACUUCCUGGAUAUUAAGUGACCAUCAACUGAAGCAUAUAGCGUGUCACAGAUAUACGCCAACCGUGCACCUUCAGGUGCUGAAGACCCUUUCACCUAUAGGUCCCCACGCUUCAAUUGCAGCUGCUUGGAUUUAAAGGGACUUUUGAAACCAUCAACCGGAGCAUAUAGAGUCUGCCUGUCACCUGUAGAACAUCCAUGAUCCUGCCUGACAGUAUGAGGCUCCAUCUGCCGAGACCGCUGCCUUCACCGAGACCGGUGUGACUGAGGUCCAGGAGCGAGACGCCCACCCUUGACACUGGAGCAGCUGGGAGACCCAUUUCCUCACCACAAACUGCAGAACGUGGAUCUUAUAUGAAGACUUUGUGUGGACAGUAAUGAGCGCACGUUUCCGAUUGCCUGCCGGCAGAACCUACAAUGUGCGCGCAUCGGAGCAGGCCCGAGACAGACAGAGCACAGAGGUGGUGUGCAGCGUUCUCCUUCUGGAUAACAGUGUGCAAGCUUUCCGUGUAAAUAAGCACGACCAUGGACAAGUGCUGCUAGAUUUAGUCUUCAAGUUCCUGGAUCUGACCGAGCGGGACUAUUUUGGACUACAGUUGGCCGACGAUUCCUGCGAUAACCCGAGGUGGCUAGACCCGAAUAAACCAAUCAGGAAGCAGCUGAAAAGGGGAUCUCCACACAGCCUGAGCUUUAGAGUCAAGUUUUUUGUCUCUGACCUGAGCAAGUUACAAGAGGAAUACACAAGGUAUCAGUACUUCCUGCAGAUAAAACAGGACAUUCUGACUGGGAGGCUGCCCUGCCCUUACAAUACUGCCGCCCUGCUGGCCUCUUACGCCGUCCAGUCUGAGAUCGGAGAUUACAGUCACUCGGAGCACUUGCCUGGUUACCUUGUCGACUUCACAUUCAUAACCAACCAGCCGCUGGACUUUGAGAAGGAGAUUGCUAAACUGCAUCAGCAGCACAGAGGCCUGUCUCCAGCAGAGGCGGAAUUCAGUUAUCUAAACACUGCUCGCACUUUAGAGCUGUAUGGUGUGGAGCUGCACUACGCACGGGAUCAAAGUAACAAUGAAAUCUUAAUUGGCGUUAUGUCGGGUGGCAUUGUCAUUUAUAAAAACGGGGUGCGGAUUAAUACUUUUCCAUGGUUGAAGAUUGUAAAAAUUUCCUUCAAAUGUAAACAGUUUUUCAUUCAGCUCCGGAGAGAACUGAAUGAAUAUCGAGAGACGUUGCUGGGAUUUAAUAUGGUGAAUUACCGAGCCUGCAAGAAUGUCUGGAAGACGUGUGUAGAGCAUCACACCUUCUUUCGGCUCGACUCUCCACUGCCACCACACAAAAACUUCUUUGCCCAUUAUUUUACAUUGGGUUCCCGGUUUCGGUACUGUGGGAGGACGGAGGUGCAGUCCGUGCAGUAUGGGAAGGAGAAGGCCAAUAAGGACCGAGUGUUUGCCAGGUCUCCCAGUAAACCAUUGUCACGUAAACUGGUCAGCGAUAUGGACUGGGAGGUGGUGAGCAGGAAUUCCCUGUCCAAUGAGAGGCUGGAGACCCAGAGCCUGCCGUCCCGCUCGCCUCCUGGAAGCCCCAAUCAGUUUUUCCAUUGUAGCCGGAACUCCACGUUCACUCAGGAAGGCACGCGGCUUCGGCCAUCGUCAGUCGGGCACCUGGUAGACCACAUAGUCCACACUUCUCCGGGCGAAGUCUUCACAAACCACAGGUCGCCAUCCUCCACACAGGCCAACAGCAUCAUCCUGGACUCUCCGCAAUCACAAGACACCUCCUUGGAGGCCCCCCCACCUGCGCUGCCCCCAAAACAGUCUAAGAAGAACAGCCAAAUCUACCAGUCGCAGGAGCUGGACAACCACGUCAGCGAGGGCUGGUCUCCCGAGAGAUCCACACCCAAUGGCUUUGUGCCCCACGACAAUCUGGUUCUGAUUAGAAUGAGACCAGAUGAGAAUGGGCGCUUUGGAUUUAAUGUUAAGGGCGGCUAUGAUCAGAAGAUGCCGGUCAUCGUGUCCCGCGUGGCUCCAGGAACCUCUGCCGAUCUGUGUGUCCCCCGUCUUAAUGAAGGGGAUCAGGUUGUACUGAUCAAUGGCCGGGACAUAUCGGAGCACACGCACGAUCAGGUUGUCAUGUUCAUUAAGGCGAGCUGUGAGAGGCAUUCUAGGGAGCUGGUGCUACUGGUGCGACCGAAUGCCGUCUAUGACAUCGUAGAAGAAAGGAUGGAGAAUGAGCCGGAUUUUCAGUACAUCCCCGAGAAGACUCCUAUAGACUGUGUCCACUCGGAGGACGACGCUUUGAGAGAGUCCAUGAUCCAGCUGGCGGAGGGUCUGCUCAAUGGCACGGUCCUAGUGCAGUUCGAUCAACUGUACAGGAAGAAGCCGGGGAUGACCAUGUCUUGUGCCAAAUUACCUCAGAAUAUUUCCAAAAAUCGAUACAGAGACAUUUCACCUUAUGAUGCUACACGGGUCAUAUUACACGGGGGCGACGAUUACAUCAAUGCAAAUUACAUCAAUAUGGAGAUACCGUCCUCCAGCAUAAUCAACCGGUACAUCGCCUGCCAGGGGCCGCUGCCAAAUACCUGUCCAGACUUCUGGCAGAUGACCUGGGAGCAGGGCUCGUCCAUGGUGGUCAUGCUCACUACGCAGGUGGAGCGGGGGAGGGUAAAGUGCCACCAGUACUGGCCGGAGCCCUCUGUCAGCUCAGAAUUUGGGAAUUUCAGAAUCGCCUGCCAUUCAGAGGAGGGGAACCCUGCAUAUGUUUUCCGAGAGAUGACGCUGACUAACCUGGAGAAGGAUGAAAGCCGCCCGCUCACCCAGAUCCAGUACACGGCGUGGCCCGACCACGGGGUCCCAGACGACUCCAGCGACUUCCUGGAUUUUGUGUGUCUUGUGAGGCAGAAGAGGUUUAACCACGAGCAGCCGGUGGUCGUUCACUGCAGCGCUGGGAUCGGUCGGACGGGUGUGCUUAUCACCAUGGAGACAGCGAUGUGUCUGAUGGAGUGUAACCAGGCCGUGUACCCACUGGACAUUGUACGGACGAUGAGAGAUCAGCGCGCCAUGAUGAUCCAGACUCCGAGUCAGUACAGAUUUGUGUGUGAAGCGAUCCUGAAGGUCUACGAGGAGGGGAUGGUAAAACCUUCAUCACUUCAUUAACGGAAGGAGCCGGCCGACAAAGGAGGCCGCCCUGCGGCAGGGGCGCGCGCUGAUCAUUCGCCUGCACGCCCCAGGAUCCGACCACACAGAAGGACUGAGGAGGACAAAUCAGCACUGCUGCACUUUAUAAUAAUCGAUUUGUGAAGUCGACAUUUCUCCCGCAUCAGAGACGCCAUGGGUUUUGUUUCUUUAGAAAACUGAUUCUCCGACCGCUUCGCUUGGAACGAAUAGAUGAGAUUUUUAUUUAUGUGACGUUGCUUUGUGCACUACAGCGCCCCUCCUCUGUACAUUCACUGCCAGAGAACCCUAUACAUCUCACCCACACGGCCGCAGCUCCCGGAUCAUACAGUCACCCCCCCCUCACAAUCUACACCGAACCCCGUCCACCCCCCAGGACCAAUCACUGGAGUUAUCGGCGCAAACGUCAUCCGGUACACUGAACUGGAACUGAGCCGCCACCGGGCACCCUCCAUGAACUAGCACCAGCCGCCUGCCGCUGAUCAGCUGGUGCAGGCGCCGCUCAUCAUUGUCAGCGAUAAUUGUGAAAUGUUAGUGUACUCAGACCCAUUCUAGGGGUAUUUCCUAGAGCAGUGGUCCCCUACCCGGAGCUUUCCAGCUGUCGCUAAACCACAGCUGCCAGCGGGCUCAGUGCAUGCUGGGAGUUGUAGUUUUGCAACAGCCGGAGAGUGCCGCAGGUUUGGAGAUGAUUUUGUUUUUUUGUUUCCUUGACCACUAAUACAAUAAUAUAUUUUUAUUUCUUCCAUUAAAUGUAAUUGUCAUGAUGGUG